CACUUUUUCUACCGGUUUCUUGUAUUUAUUUAUUUUAUUUUCGUUGUUCAAGCCUAUGGAUAAAAAAUGAAGUCGAACAGCUUCUUUGACUUAUUUCAGGAUGUCUUUUCUGAAACGGACGCUCCGACUACAACUACUUCCACUCCUCCACUUUACCUUCAUACUGAUCAAGGAAAUGAUUUUAGGAAGCUUUUACAUAAAAACAGAAAGACCAGACCGCUCGAACAAUCACAGUAUAACAGAAUGAAGGUCAGCGCUACUACACAAUGCCUUGUGAAUCAUCAAAGCCCUUCAACUGCCACUCGUAGCAGCAAGAAGACUUAUAGCGCUAACUCCCCUGACUUCAAUCCCGUAAUUUACUUGAAUCAAAAACAGCACAAUACUGGUAGUGGAGGAUUUCUAAGCUCUGUAUAUAACUAUUUAUUCCUGCAUGAAGAUCGUUAUUUCAAUCAAAGUCGAAAAGAAUUGAGUAAGGACAUAUUUCCAGUCGGUUACCAACAGCAGUAGCAAUCUGGAUUUGCCCAUAUAUUGCCGAAGAAUUUUUAAAUAGUCUAGUCGAUAACGCUGUAUAUAUUUUUGCUGCUUGCUAUGUAUUUUCCAGCAUUGUCUAUCACUAAAUCAUAACUCUCUCCUUGGCUCUUCUUCGUGUACAAUAGAAUACAUCAAUAAAAUAACUGUAACAUAUUUAUACACAUUCAA